GGUAUUGUGGCGGUAUCUCAUUCGCAUUGCAGAUGGCUAGCAGCUACUUUCCCAUUUACCAAGAGGAGAGAACGCACGACUUUCAAAGACAAGGCCUGCAAAACUGGUCUCGGGGUGCUCGGGGUCUUUCAGGGUUAUUAUUCCGAGCACAAGAUGGCAUUCAUUCAAUAAUCCACAUGCCUUGACUGUGCUUUCACAUUUUGCGUACCCAUCUAGACGUGGCGAGGGGCUGUGCUUUCUAAGUAGAAUGUGAAGCACUUCCUUUAAUCGAUCCUCUCUACACAAUACCAUAGCCAUUUAUUUGUCUCUAUGAAAUACGAAUCAUACAUGGCUUGCCAGAUUCAAAAUACCUUCGAUGUCUACGAGUACAGUAUGCCCUCUGAUGGCCCAAUUCUUCCCCCCCUGACCAGAUGCAAGAUGAGGGUUUCAUUCUUCACAAAUGGAGAUGGAAUAUCUCAGACAACAAUCUCAUUGGUUCAAUACCUAAAGAAUUUGGUUCCAUGCGUGCCUUGAGAAAUUUAUCUCUCUCAGAAAAUCUCUUGUCUGGUCCUAUUCCAGAGGAGCUCGGAAAUCUUGCAAGCUUGGUUGAAUUAAGCCUUUAUUCCAACAAUCUUAAUGGUACGCUUCCUCAAGAGAUUGGGAAUUCGGCAGCACUGCGGAAUAUGUAUUUAUCUUCAAAUCAAUUCGCUGGAGAGAUACCUCCAACAUUAGUCAAGCUACAGAAUCUGAAAGAAUUUUUUGCAUCUAGCAAUGGUUUCACGGGUGAAAUACAAAAUUUUAUUGGGAAGUUAAUCAAGCUUGGAAAAUUGAUACUUCAAGGAACUUCUUUGAAUGGACCAAUUCCUUCAUCUAUUAAUAAUUUAAUUAAAAUUAAAUAUUUGUAAGAAUUAUUCUGCUUUCAUACCUUGAAUAUGUAAAAUGGAUUCUAAGAUGCACUGAAAUCUGCUACGACAAUAAAUAGUAUCUCUUUCUAUCCUCUCUUACUCUUUUUGAAUUUAUUUCCUAUUUGCUUAAACAUCUACAGGUUGGUUACUGUGUAUUUCUUGCAUCUCUCAAUACAUUCAUGUUAAUUGGUAAUGUCUAUUCAAUCAUAUUUACACUUCAAACAUUCAAAGGAGGAUAAGCGAUAUAGCUGAAGGUAGUUCAAAUUUGGACUUUAUAAAAAGUCUCAUAAAUCUGAGGGAAAUGUAAGGGAAAUAACGUUCUUAAAGUAUCCUUUUCUUUUGAAGCAUACAACCUUUUUUAAGUCUAUAUCCUUUAAAUUUUUAUAACUCUUAUUAUAACUGGGCUUGUUGCAGAGUUCUAAGAAACAACAACAUCACUGCAAAGAUUCCAGACAUAAGUGAAUUGACAAAAUUGGAAGCUCUGUAAGUUAAAUUUGUAAGCUUUGAGGUCACAUGUAUCAGAAAUGUACAGUACACUAAAUAUUUUUAGUAGAUUCAAUAAUUUUAAACAUCUAUCUAUGGAAGAAGUUCUUGUUUUGCUUUAAAAAUAUUUUAUUUCGUCACUAGAAUUUUUUUUCUUUUGAAAUCUCCUCUUUGCUAAUCUAGAUAAGAACUAUUUUACAAACAAAAACGUAUAGACAAUGCAUGUGAACUGUUUGACAAAAUGCCUCAAAGAGAUGUCACCUCAUGGAAUGCUAUGAUUGCAGGAUAUUCACAAAAUGGAUUUGUUGAAAAGGCUUAAGAAAAUGCAAUUGGUAGGUGUAAUGUUUAGGUCAACUUAACCUACUGAGACUGAAUCCUAAUCCUGAUGUUAAUUUAAUAUAGAAAAUAGAGAAUCGAAGGACAAGAUGUCAAAAGCAUACUUAUCAAGCAAGCUACAAUCUCAUUAAAUUACAAACCUUGUCUCUGUCAGGGCAGUAUGCCACAACAUGAUUGUGAUCUUUUCAUUUCAGUUCUGUUUUCUAUAACCAAUUUGUUCUAUUAUGGCAUUUUUAAUUGACUUGAAGAUUUUCUAAUUGAUCAAAAUAUUUUGAACAUUUAUUAGAAAAUCUGAAAUAUCCUAAUUGCCCACUAUCAUCCCUAUUCUGCUUGAGCACUAACUACAGCCCGUGCAAACCUCAUUAAUUUGAGGAUUUGACGGCAAUCUAUUUGCUACGUGUAUCAACCAACAAUUAUAUUUUAUCAUGUUUUGGUCUUGUCUGGCAAGGUAAUAUAUAUGUUUUAAAGCUCCAUUGAGUAAGGAUUUUUCUAGGUGUCAGUUAAAAGAACUCCAUUGAGGGUUGUACAAGACAAACUCCAAUUUAUCGGAAUCCGAUUCUCAAGGCUUCAUAAAUUCUUGACUUCAAUUUUAGUUCUACCAUUCUAAGCCCUUAUAUGAAUGAUUUCAUCCCUCAAUGAUCAAAAUUGAGUUAGAAUUCAGAAACUUCACUAGUCGUUAUAGGUUUUUUCCACUAUAUUUAAAGGGAAAGCAUUCACAAUGCAACAUUGGUGUGUGUUUUGUUAGCGUGUCAUUUAUAGUUGGCAGUGCAUUUUCCACAGAUUUUGAGAAAUUAUAAAAUCUCAGAUCAGUCUGUAGAAACUAGAAUGCAAUUUUACAAUUUUCAUGGAGGUAUAUCAGCUAAGAUUUUGAAAGUCCUGGCCAUGCAACAGUGAUAUCCUAUUCCAGAGCCCCUAGUUUGCAUAAGCAGAGACUACACGGGAGAUUACCAAGUAAUCACCUUUUUUUGAGGCAUUAUCCCAAACAGUUCGCAUGCCCUAUUUAUGCUCCCAUAGUUUGCAUAGCUAUGGCAAUUGCAACUACAACAUUUGACAAAAAUCCCAUUUCCAUUACAUUGUGAUGUAUAUCCAUACCUUGUUCUACUUGAAUGAUACUGAGAAGUUGCCUCCUUGUUCUCUACUUUACCAUCUAAAAUUUUCCCUUUAUUUUCUUGGUCUGAUUUUUCUUCCGCGACAGCCUCUGCCUUCAACUAAACAAAAUUACUCACCUACAAAUAAUGUCUCCCUCAAACACUAUAACCCCACCAAAUUCCAACAUUGUUGUACACAGAGAUAUUAUUCAGCUGCUGUGCUAAAUUGAGUCUUUAUAUAUUGAGAAUAAAUGUUGAAGCCAUAUAAUAAAGCCCAUAUGCUAAAUUGAGUCUUUAUGUACUGAGAAUAAAUGUUAAGCCAUAUCAUGAAGCCCAAGCUCGGAAUAUAAAUCCUUUGUAGAUCUUUCAUACACUGCUACUCAAUCAACAUAAACAAGGAAAAAACACUUUAUCAAUUCUAAACUUGCUUAAUGUUCCUUUAUUGUUCUUGCCUAUAGUCAUUUCUCUCCAACAUGCUUUUAGUAAUCUUGUUUGCUUAUAUUACCAGGUAUGUAAUCAAAUUGUAAUCAAAGUAUAUUUUCCCUGUCAUGCUUAUCAUUGUUAACUGUCUAGUUGUCAUAAUUUUGGUAAAGUCCUCAUAUUGUUAAUUUUUCAGGUUUUGGAUGCCAACCUGAUUCAGAAAAUGAUAAGGACCUACUAAACAUUAGCAACUCUUAUUUGUGUUCUACCAUGAAUUUGGGGCUCUUACCACUGUACUAGUUUUGUCACUAAGAUGUUGAUAAGGACCUACUAAACAUUAGCAACUCUUAUUUGUGUUCUACCAUGAAUUUGGGGCUCUUACCACUGUACUAGUUUUGUCACUAAGAUGUACAACAUAGUUCAUUGUAAAACAAUUUUCAGAACAAGAACUUUCAUUUUAAAUUCCAUGAAAAUGUGUUAAUAAUCUAAUGUUAAUAAUCUAAACAAAUUGAUUAGAUGCAUAUUCAAUGUUUUGUUUUGUUAAAAUGCGCAUUGUCUAGACUGUGUAUGGUUGGACUAAAGUUCUUAUAGCAAUUAAAUCAAAAUAAAAAUCUAAUUGGUGUGGAUACUAUUUUGCUUCUUCGAAAUCUGUCAACAACAGCACCGAACAACCACACAACCAUCCUACCUCACCUUGGCAGGAACUUCGCUGCUCUUGUUUAAUCUCUUCGUUAUAUCAGUUUCUGGGUUUUCCGUACCUUUGUUCACCCCUUUGUUUUGAUCCCUCUGUAGUCUGGUCUUUUUUAACUUCAUACUUGUCGCCGCAAUUUAGUUUCAUCUCUGCAUAUAUCACCUAUGUUUUAGCAAUAGAAUUUGAUAACAUUUCUGCUUCAAAUAUAAUUAUUAUUGAUGCCUCUGUGACUGCAUUGUAACGUCUCUGGAACAACGCAUUGUUUGUCUUACUUGUUCCUUUCUUUGUUUCCUGCGUUUCUUGUUUCUCUCAGCCUUUGCAAUAUUCUUCUUCCUUUAGCCCUCUGCAAGGCUAUUCAUGUUGACAUAACACCUCUGUUAUUUCAACGUCUCCUACGAUGAAUAGCAUAUAACGUAGGCCUCUGCCAUUUGACUAUUCUUUUUCAUUUUUGGUAACAUAUGGUAUUCAAUUGUUUUUUUACAAGUUUAUGUUCAACUAGUUUUUUAACUUCCAC